CCGAGCCCCGGCGCCGCGGCCGGAGCAGAGCCCUCGCAGCCGCGGGGCUGGACGGGGCUGUGGCGGGCCGGGCUGAACCGAACCGGGCCGGGGGACAACCGGACCGUGGGAAACAGAGCCGAUCCUCCCCGACUGGAUCCGCCCCAUGCCUUUCUACCGGCGGAGCGUGGCAGUGCGGGUCCGGCCGGCGGGGCCGCUGACCGAUCUGCGGGACACCUGCAGCCUAGCGACCCUCGCCCUGCUGCGGCAGCUGGCCGAGCUCUGCGGCCAUUCGGUCGCCCUCCUGGGGGACAUCGAGGGCCACCUGCGGGCGCUGGCCCGUCGCGCCGCCCGCCUGCACCGCCGCGCCGCCCGCCUGCAGUCGCUGCUGCGGGACCGGCCGCUCCACGCCGCCGCCACAGCCACCUCUAACCUGGACCUUGAGAGCAAGAAAGCCGCCCCCGCCAAGCUGCCAUGGCAGCAGCCCGUGAAUGUCUUCCUGGCUGCUGGGCGCCCCCCGGGCAUGGAGCAGCUGCACCAGGAGGCCCAGCUCAACCUCCAGAGCUUGCUGCAAGAGGAGUAUGAGGAGCAGUAUGCCGAGAGCAGGGUCACUGGGCAGACCUUCCGUGCUGCUGGUCACCUGCCCCCCCCCACCUCUCCUGAACCAUCACCUCGACCCCCUCCUGCCAAGCGCCUCGAGUUCGUGCUUAUGCCCCCRAGUCAGCGAAUGGCUGAAGAGGAGAGCACCAGCAGUACUGUGCUUGGUUCUCGACCCCCUGACACCUCCCUGAGCCUCCCCACCAGCCCAGACAAGCAACUUCCCUGGCCCUGCCCCCUGCCCCCUGUGGAAGAGAAGCAGUGGCGCCAGCCUGGCUCCAACCAGACCAACAUUGUCACCAUCAAUGUCUCAGGGCAGCACUUUGCUAGACACACGAGUGCUCAUCACUCCCUGUUUAACACAGAGACCGCGAUGAACCCAAAGUCCACCCUGCGGCGUAGACGGACCAUUAUUGGAUUCCCUAACCUGUCCCUGCGAGACCAAGGCAGCGCCAACGGCCCCACAUCUAGCACACACAAGCCCAUCGCUGAGUCCCUGUCCUGCAGCUUCAUGCCUGAGACCACGAGUGAGGGGACAACGCCCCAGGAGAUCAGCCCUCGCCAGCCCCUCUCAGCCCCGCUGAGGAAGACUUUCAGUGACCUUGGGACCCGCUGCUGCCACCCACCUGCUGCCAUGGAUGGGGCGGCCAACCCCUGUGCCAGUGCCUGCAACGGGACACAGGGCACACCUUUAUCCCUGCCCUGGAGUGCCCUGGGUUAUGGGAGCCCCCCCAACCUCACCACUGGCCCAGGCAAGGGGCCCAGCUGCACCUCGCCAGAGAGCUCCAUCCCAUCGCCCAGCCCAGGUUCACCCACCACCUCCACCUCCUUCUUCAUCGCCACAGAAGAGCGCGUGGGCAGCAAUGGGCCUAGUUUCUUUUCCGGCCCAGUGCCUGCCCCCAGCUCCGGGUGCAUCCAGGAAGCCAAGGGGAGUUUCUUGCCGGGAGGCCGAGAGGAGCUGGGGCCAGCAGCAGGGCCAGCGCAGCUGGAGGUAGAGCGGCCAGGGUGCCGGUUCCGCGAGCGGUCACUGUCAGUGCCCACUGACUCGGGGUCCCUCUGCUCUGUGGAUAUCGCAUAUGCCGAGACCCGGCGGGGCAGCGCCAAUUAUGCCCUGGGCUACCCCAGUGCCAGCUCUGAGGGCAGCACCAGCACCGACAACAUCUCCCUGGGGCUGGAGCCUGAGGGGCAGCGGCGGCGGCGCUCCAAGAGCAUCUCCCUGAAGAAGGCCAAGAAGAAGCCUUCGCCACCCACGCGCAGUGUCUCGCUGAUCAAAGAGGGGCAGGAUGGAGACGUGGGGCUCAGUGCGGCACUGCCUAAGGACCAGCGGCCCAAGAGCCUAUGCAUCCCACCAGAGCUCCAGGGCCACCGGCUGGUGCACGCUGAGCCYCAGGGGAGUGCAGGGAGGGAGCCUGACAGCACAGCUGCCCCCCACCAGUGGCAUCACACAGACUGGAAGGCUGGCAGCGAUCCCUACUGGUCCCUCUCUGGCUCAAGCACAACCACAGGGACCACAGCCAUCGAAUGUGCCAAGACGCGCGGAAGCUCCGAGUCCCUCAUGUCCCCUUCAGUCUCCAGGGCCACAACGCCCUCCCAGCUCUCCGCCGAGGCAGACCUCAAGACCUCCUCUCCAGGCAGGCCCACAGGGCUGAUGUCCCCAUCCAGCGGAUACUCCAGUCAGUCGGAGACCCCAACCCCUACCGUACCCACCUCCGCCAUCCUCGGGCACUCCCCGCACCAGGUGCGUGUGAGGCCACUGGUCCCCGAGAGGAAAUCCUCUCUGCCCCCCACAUCCCCCAUGGAGAGGAGCCCCAAGGCCAGGCUCUCCUUCGACCUCCCACUGACUCCACCUGCCCAUCUCGACCUCUCAGGGCUGAAGAUCUCCCUGAAGGGGAAGACGAAGGUCAGCCGGCACCACUCUGACUCAACCUUUGGCACCAAGCUGUCCCAGAAGACCAGUCCCAUCACACCCAUCAUGCCAGUGGUGACACAGUCAGACCUGCGCUCUGUCCGCCUCCGCUCUAUCAGCCGCUCGGAGCCAGAGGACAAUGCYGAUGGCCCAGAGCACACGGAGGAGCCAGCACGUGUCCCCUGCCCGGGGCCGGAGAGGAAAGUGAAGCCACCCGUGGCAGAGAAGCCACCGCUGGCCAGGCGUCCCCCAUGCAUCCUACACAAGCCCCCAGUUCUGCGGGAGGAGGAUCCCCUGUCCCCCAAAUCUCCGCCAGGCACUGCCGCCAAGGAGAAGGGGCUGCCACAGGAUGGCUUUGUGGUGCUGCGGAGAGGGGAGCUGAGGAGGGGUCUGGGGGAGCCCCACUUGUCCCUGACCCCAGCGGGACCCAGGCAGCUCUCGAAGGGCAGCCUGGAGGAGCUGCGGCCAGAGCGGAGCGGUGCCGAGGGGGAGCGCAGGAAGUCCAAGGUGCCGCCGCCAGUACCCAAAAAGCCCAGCGUGCUGUACCUGCCACUCAUCCCGGCCCCGGCACAGCUGGGAGCUGGUGUGGGGGACAUGCCACCCACCCCCAGCCCCAUCAUCACGCUGGACACUGACCCCACCUGUUGUGACCCUGACACUGAGGAUCCACCAUCCCCCAAGUCUGUGGGCACCACGCCCCCCAGCAAGCCCGCCUCAGAGCAAGGCAGCUCAGCCGAGGCCAGCACGGAGGAGAAGAGCUUUGCCAGCGACAAGACAGCCGAGUCCAUCGUGGAGGAGGAUGAUGAGGUGUUCACAACGUCCCGCACCACAGAGGAUCUCUUCACAGUGAUCCACAGGUCGAAGAGGAAGGUCUUGGGGCGGAAAGAGCCUGGUGACACCUUCAGCAGCCGACCCACCUCCCACUCACCUGUAAAGACUUCAGGCUCCCCAACUGGUGAGUCCCCAGCAGCAGCAGGCAGCAGUGGGAAGUCUUCCAGCAGGAAUGAGGAUUUCAAAGCCCUGCUCCAGAAGAAGAGCAGCAAAACCAGCCUGGGUACUCGGCCAUCUGCUGCCGAACUGCUCAAGACCACGAACCCACUGGCCCGGAGGGUCAUCACAGAGUUUGCCCCUGAGCUGGACAGUGCAAACAGCCCCAAAAGCCAGCCCUGACCAUGCAGGAGCCCCUCCAUCUGGGGGGGUGGCAAUGGCUGCAGAGGGAGCACUGCUGCAAAGGGCUGCUGGGGUGUCCCUCUAUCCUGCUGGUGGUUCUUCUGCUUUUAUUCCUUACUUGGAGAGCUCCUGGCAGAGAGGCAGUGGCCAGAGCCUGAGCCCUCAUGACCCUGGGUCCUUCCCAGGAGGGAAGCAGCCGGGACUGGCCCUGGCUGAGCCAGCUCCUGGGAUUGAAGGUGCCUGCCCAGGAAGCAGAACAGGAUCACAGCCCCCAGCAUCGUCCCAUGCUCACAGCGAAGCAGCUUGAGACUCUUUGGUCCCUUCGGCAUGUGGUACUUUAAAUAGCUUUUCUAAUGCAUAGUGGUGGUGAUGUUUGAUUCUCUUSCCUUUGACAUUGUACCUUGAGUUUCCCAUGCAGAGAUCCCCUGGUUGAAUUCAGCUGGACACAUAGAUGUACUCUGGGAAGACGCCAGGGGUUCGGCUAGAUCUGCGGCUGCUUUUGAAGAGUCACAGGAGGUUCCCUGUCAUUGCCCUGAGCAUCCUCACUGCCACACGGGGAAGUGGCACCUGGAAUCCACAGCCAGCGCCACCACCUCAAGCCAAACCCCCACCCCUUGAAAGCCCCCAAAAUGCUGCAUUUUGGAGCUCCUCAGCUCUCAGUCCAAAAACAAACCCCGGGGUCUCCUCCACCACUAGCCCCACUGGUCUCACUGCACAGAGGSUCUGGCAGCCACCACACUCUGCCAAUCCCCGUGCCAGGAUCCUGCACCAGCUGCCAACUGAGGGGAUGGAGGUGCUGCGCCAUGGGAAGGAAGCRGGAGGGAAGCUCGUCCCCAGCUCUACCUCCUGCAUCUCCCCAAUGGACCCUGCAACAGCUUCUCCUGCUGCCCUGACCACUGGGUGUCCUGGGAUGCCACUGAGAUGGUGGCUGGAAUCAAGAUGGGUAUCACCUGAGCCACCUCCUCAGUGACUCCUGGGGUGUCACCAGGGUUGCCCACUGCUCACCCUUGCCCACUGACCACCAGGGAGCUGAGCAAGGCCGAGUGGGACACAUGCCAUCAGGGCAGGUAAACAGGGUCAUGGAGGAAAGUUUGCACAUCCCUGGGUGGCAUUUGUCCUCCUUUGCUGCUUCUUCCUGGCCUGGAUCCAGCAUGGGAGCCCCAGCUGCCGGUAACAGAGGCCAUGGUACAGGGCUCUGGCACAGGGCGGGGAGGAAACACAAGCUCUGAGCAUGAGCACAGCCACUUGCCCAGAGAAACAGGAAGGGCUAGGCUGGAAACAGGAUGUUUAGGGAAAUUUCCGCUUUAUUUCAUGAAUUAUUUCCACAUAUUCCAGCCUUCCUGCACUGAAGAGGGGAGUGGUGCAGUGGGUCCAGGCAGCAGCAGGGCACCCAGGCAGCUUAAGCUACCCCUCCAAGGGGCCUGAGCUGCUCUGGGGGGGUCUCUGUCCCACCGGGAGCUCUGCACCCCCACAAAGCAUAGCCUGGGCAAAUACAUCCCCAUGCUUGUCACCACACUGGAUCUGACCCCACUGAGACUCCAGUUGGUUCCCCUCUCCUCCCUCUGGGUACUCGUCCAUCGCUCAUUUCUUUUCCCAGGGCUGCAGAUUUAAGCCUGUAAUUAAGAGCCAGGCUGAGAAACUCAGGAAAAAAAACCAAAACCACACACACACACACAAAAAAGCUCUAAUGAAUGUCCACAUUUCAUCCCCAUCCCGUGGCCCCAGCUGGUGGCAGRAUGCUGGUGCGGGAUGGGCCCGGGCACAGCUUGGGAAGCUCUGGGGAAGGAUAUAUUUUGCACAUGACUGCUCAGGAAAUGGGGGAUGGAGCCAGCAAAGGGAGCUGGGGGCAAACAUGGGGCAGGGACCCCCCUGCAACACCCCCAACACCACUGGCAGCUGGAGCAGCCAAUGCUGCCAGGGGGAAAUGUCCAAGUGCGCCAGAGGUCAGCUGUCGGACAGAGACUGGCCAUGGAAUGGAGAUCCUUAUUUCCCUGACUGGAGGAACAGGCUCUUCCUGAGGCUCUUCCUGGUGCUCUUCCUGGCUGAAUGCUCGUCCCUGGCUGCUCGAUCCUUGCUCCCUCUGGCUGCGGCUGUUCCGCUGGGAAGGCAGUGGGGUCCCGGGAAGAGCCCAGCCAGCAGGACAGCUCUGCCCAGGGGUGGGGGCCGCCAAGGUGCCAACUACGGAAUGUUGUAUUUUUUAUCUUGCCAGCUUGGUAAAGUGCUCCCUACUGCC